AUGUUUGGAAGUGAAGGCACGUUGAGCAGAGGAUUCGCGGGCAUUGGAGGCAGAGUCAUUUUCGGGACUACAGAGGGCAAAGAUGGUAACGGUGAAUUAGCUGUUGGAAGUGUUGGUAACAAUGUAACACUUGGGAAUGGUGGCAAUGUAGCGAAUAGUUGGCUGAGAUUUAUAGAUGAAAGAAUCCAUCAACUUAAAAUGCUCUGCAAGCAAAAGGCUGAUAGAGAUGCAUGCUUGGAUGGAGGAGGUGAAAGUGUUGGAAUUGCAGGCAUGUUGGGAAGUGAAGGCAUUGGUGGCAGAGUCAUUUUCGGAACAGAGGGCAACGUUGGCAAAGAUGGUAAUGGUGUUGCUGUUGGAAGUGUUGGCAAUGGUGGUAAUGCUGCAGGGAAAUUGGGAAUAUUAGGCAAUUGUGGCAGUGUUGGUUUAGGCAGCGAGGGGAUCGUAGGCAUGUUGGGAAGUGAAGGCAUUGGUGGCAGAGUCAUUUUUGGAACAGAGGGCAAUAUUGGCAAAGAUGGUAAUGGUGUUGCUGUUGGCAAUGGUGGCAAUGCUGCAGGGAAAUUGGGAAUAUUAGGCAAUUGUGGUAGUGUUGGUUUAGGCAACGAGGGGAUCGCAGGCAUGUUGGGAAGUGAAGGCAUUGGUGGCAGAGUCAUUUUCGGAACAGAGGGCAACGUUGGCAAAGAUGGUAAUGGUGUUGCUGUUGGAAGUGUUGGCAAUGGUGGUAAUGCUGCAGGGAAGUUGGGAAUAUUAGGCAGUUGUGGCACUGUUGGUUUAGGCAGCGAGGGGAUCGUAGGCAAGUUGGGAAGUUGUAGUAGGCUACGCGCAGCAUGA